AUGGCUGACGACAUUGGCGGGCGGGCUCGACUGAGAUCAGACAUGAUGUCAGACGAUGAUGGCGAAGAAGAGGAGGUAGAAGAGGAUGACCGGCCAGCUUGCUUUGGCGAGCUUGAGUUCUUGGGACUCAGCCCUGUGCGGAAGACUGCCGUCAAAGCUUUGACUCCGUGUGUAUGCAGGAUUCUCAACCGUGAGAUGGUCUUGCACGUUGCCAGGGACACGGACAUGGAGGUCUACAGCAGCAUGCUUCUGCAGAUGUUCCAGAAGACGGUCCACAAAACGAGUGCCGAGCAGGCCAGCGUGCUCAUGGACUUCAUCUCAGCAGGCUGCAGUGAUGAAUUCCUUCAGCAGCCUGGCGUCCACACACUGCUGGUGAGUCCGCUGAUUUGGGAGCUGAACAAGAAGUACUGCUCUCGCUCCCUUCAGAUGGUUAUGAGUUCGGUGCGUGUGAUCGGUGUCGGCAAAAAGGAUCUUCCCCGUCUGGGCAAGGGAGAUGUCUUCGGCCGAAUGUCUGCGCUCAGCCUGAGGCCUCGACCUUCUGGGGCCAGUGCGCUCUAUGCUGCAGAGCACUGCUGUGUCGAGGUGCUUCACCAAGAUGUUGUCGUCCGCGCGCUCGAGAUCUAUCAUGAUCAACGAGGCAAAGUCCUCACUCUGGAUCGCGAGGCAAAAGCUGCCGCUGGAGCGAAGGCCAUGGACUUUGUUGAGAUUGUCGCGAGUUCGCGAAUCUUCUCUGACAUGUCCCAUGCUUUCGUGCAAGAACUGGCGGCUUCUGCCAUCGAUCGCAUAUUCAUGCCAGGAGACGUGGUGAUGCACCAGGGCGCCGUUGAAUUCUCCAUGUUUAUCUUAGUGACAGGCACCGCCGACGUGUUCGUGAGCGAUGUGUCUAAGUCAGAUGACCCGUACACCGGGGCGAAGGAGCGGAGUCCCGUGCGCCAC